AUGGCGGCUAUCGCGCCCGUUAUCAGCAGCUUUUCGCUCAUUUUUGGAGGAUGCUGUGCCAAUGUUUACUGCUUGGAAGCGAUAGUAAAACAGGAGCCUGAUAGUGGUUUACUCAUCACGCUCUUCCAAUUUGUGUUUACAUGUCUAUCAACAUUGCAUUACCAGUUCGACCCAAACGGUCGCUACUUUUUGAGGAGCUCGCCGGUCCCUUUCCGAAAGUGGUGCGUCAGCGCUGCGUUGUUCUUCACAGUCAACAUGUUAAACAACUGGGCGUUUGCUUUCAAUAUCUCCGUCCCCGUUCACAUCAUCCUCAGGAGCUUUGGUAGUGUGACUACCAUGGCGGCUGGAUGGCUUCGUGGCAAGAGAUACACUCCUUUACAAGUCUUCUCGGUUGCAAUUCUGACGCUAGGCGUCAUGGUAUCCGCAUGGGCAGAUGCGCAAUCGAAGGGCAAGAAUAUGGAGGCCUCGAGUUCCGACGGGUCCAACUCGUCGCUUCAAGCUGGUCUCGCCAUCCUACUUAUUGCUCAACUGCUCUCUGCAUGGAUGGGAGCCUAUGUCGAAGACGUUUAUCGCGAGCAUGGCAAGGACUGGCAGGCCAAUCUCUUCUACUCCCACCUGCUGUCUAUUCCGUUUUUCGCGGGAUUCACCCCAGUUUUGACCCAACAGUUUAAGCGCCUACAGGCAUCGCAGUCAUUCGAGGUGCCACCCAAGGUGGCCGAAAGCCUUCCGCCACUCGUCAACAGUAUCUUGGCCUCGACAUCGCAGCACGUCAUCUACCUUACCGCCAAUGCCCUGACGCAACUACUUUGCAUCACUGGCGUCAACAUGCUUAGUGCAAACACAUCUGCGGUUACUGUUACGAUAGUUUUGAACAUCAGAAAACUGCCCACCAUGUCUUCACCUGCUGGUAGCGUCCGCCAGCGCCCAGGCAAGGACAAAAAGCGAGGAGCCUCACCAAACCCAGAAGCUCUCGCCGAAAAGAUGUCGGAGAAGGUCGCCAAUGUUGUCGAGAAGGCCAAACCAUACAAGCCGGCCCAAGUCCAGCAGGGCAAAGAGUGGGAUUACAAGCUCGCCAUCGCAAUAAUGACCGUUCUGGCCUUCGUCACGCGCUUCUGGGGGAUCAGACAUCCCGAUCAGGUUGUGUUUGAUGAAGUGCACUUUGGAAAGUUCGCUUCGUACUACCUGCAACGAACCUACUUCUUCGAUGUCCAUCCUCCUCUCGGAAAGCUCCUCUUUGCCCUCGCUGGCUGGCUCGUCGGAUACAAGGGUGACUUCCUGUUCGAGAACAUUGGCGAUUCCUACAUCACCAACAAGGUCCCCUACGUCGCAUACCGCGCCAUGCCCGCCUCGCUCGGUGCUCUUACUGUUCCCAUUGUCUUCAUGAUCAUGUGGGAAUCCGGCUAUUCGCUACCCGCCUGCAUCACUGCCGCCGGUCUUAUGCUUCUUGACAACGCCCACAUUGGUCAGACGCGUCUGAUCCUCCUCGAUGCUUCGCUCAUUUUCUUCAUGGCGCUCUCUGUGCUAUCUUACAUUCGCUUCUACAAAGAGCGACACGUUCCUUUUGGACGGAAAUGGUGGAAGUGGCUCCUUCUGACUGGCAUCAGCCUGAGCUGUGUCAUCUCCAUCAAGUACGUUGGUGUCUUCACUUUCUUCUCUAUCGGUGUGCCGGUCAUGAUUGACCUUUGGGACUUGAUGGAUGUCAACCGACGACAGGGAGCCUUGACUCUGGCCGAGUUUGGCAAACACUUCGCCGCCCGUGCUGUUGGCUUGGUCAUCGUUCCCUUCUUCCUAUACCUUUUCUGGUUCCAGGUGCAUUUCGCCAUUCUCACUCGAUCUGGACCUGGUGACGACUUCAUGACUCCGGAAUUCCAGGAAACUCUAAGCGACAAUGUAAUGAGCCUCCAGUCUGUUGGCAUCAACUACUACGAUUCCAUCACCAUUCGCCACAAGGAGACCAAGGUCUAUCUUCACAGCCAUCCCGACCGCUACCCGCUGCGCUACGACGAUGGACGUGUCUCUUCGCAGGGACAGCAGGUUACUGGGUAUCCUCACAAUGACACCAACAACCACUGGCAGGUCCUUCCUUCAAGGCCUUUGUCAAGUGAAGUCGGUCAACGCGUCAAGGUCGGAGAUACCAUCCGUCUUCGCCAUUUGAUCACAGACACCAUUCUCCUGACACAUGACGUUGCUUCUCCUUACUAUCCCACCAACCAAGAGUUCACGACUGUGAACAAGGAAGAAGCAGCUGGCACACGUUACAACGACACUCUCUUCGAGCUGAAGGUCGACAAGGGCAAGGGCGAUUUCAAGACCAUGUCAACUCAUUUCAAGCUAGUUCACGUGCCAACAAAGGUUGCCAUGUGGACCCACACUAAGCCUCUCCCUGACUGGGCCUACAAGCAGGCUGAGAUCAAUGGCAACAAGGCUGUCCAACAAUCCAGCAAUCUCUGGUAUGUGGAUGACAUUCCAUCCCUUCCUGCUGAGGACGAGCGCAACAAGAAGGAGCCCAAGCAGGUCAAGCACUUGAGUUUCCUCCGGAAGUGGGUUGAGCUCCAGCGCGCCAUGUUCCACCACAACAACGCCUUGACUAGCUCGCAUCCAUAUGCAUCUCAACCCAUUUCCUGGCCUUUCCUGCUUCGCGGUGUAUCUUUCUGGACCCACAACGAUACUCGCCAACAGAUUUACUUCCUGGGUAACCCUGUUGGAUGGUGGCUUGCUUCCUCGCUCCUUGCUGUCUUUGCUGGCAUCAUUGGUGCCGAUCAACUAGCUCUCCGCCGUGGCAUGGAUGCCCUUGACGAUCGCACUCGCUCUCGUCUUUACAACUCCACUGGAUUCUUCUUCCUUACCUGGGCUGCCCAUUACAUUCCCUUUUAUAUCAUGGGUCGUCAGCUCUUCUUGCAUCACUACCUCCCUGCACAUCUCGCAUCUUGUCUAGUCACUGGCGCGCUAGUAGAAUUUGUAUUCUGCAUUGAACCUCAGGAUCCCGAGAUGCCGGCCUCUGCCAAGGGUCACCGCCGCACUCGCUCACGUCCUGUUCGCGAACGUGUUGCUACUUCCAGCCUGGCGGGCAGCUGGAUCGCCUGUGGCGUCAUCCUUGCUGCCGUCUUCUGGUGCUUCCUCUUCUUCGCACCGCUCACGUACGGUAGCCCGGGUCUUACUGUUCCUCAAGUUCAGUCAAGGAAGUGGCUCGGCUACGACUUGCACUUUGCUAAAUAG